AUGUCGAACGCUGCGAGAACUGCGAAGAAGGCGGUCCGAUACGCCAAGCCGUCGGCGAAACUGAUCAACUCGAAGCUCAAGCAGGAGCAGAGCAUCAAGGCAGAGAGAAACAAGCUAGCCCUGGCGUCCGUGAAGGACAUCUUUGCGAUCCUGAACCCGAACGCCGGCAGCGACGAUGACUUUGAUCUGACGGACUUUGACUGCAAGGUGUACUUUGCGAACCCGCGGACGUUUGACAAGCUCCCGUUCUUCAAACAGGCCCACGUUGUGGAGGAGAUGAACGAGCUGCUCAAGAAGAACUGGAGGAGCCUCGACAAGGACGUGAAGCGGUUUGCCGUGUGGUGGGCGUACGGGAGCCACGGGCCCCGGGAGGGCUUUGUAGAGCUCCACGACUACUACACACCCUACGGCGUGGAGGCCGAGGCCGAGGCAGAGGCAGAGACAACGGCGGCGAUGGACAAGGCGCCCGUGAAACGGGCCUCUGACACAGAGUUGAACAAGAUUAUCGACACCAUCUCCGAGGAGACCACGAGGACGUCGUCGGCGUCGGAGAAGUCUGCGUUGCAGAUGUCGAGCAACGAGUUGGAGGCGUCGCAUCUCAACAAGCGGCCGGAGCUUCCUCCGGACUUGCCGUUCAAACUGCCGUCGAUUCUGCAGACGUUCAGGCCGACGGCCUCGACGAUGGUGCAUCGCUACCCGGCGCUUGACCCCCGCAGCUUCGGCCUCAAGCGGCUGCAGCAGUACCGCCAGGACCGGCGGAUGAACCCGAUCAACCGAAUCGUGCUCGUGGUGUGUGUGUUUCUGACGGUGCUCUGCUUCAAGCAGGACCGGCGGGUGAACGUGACAGGCACGGUGCCGGAGUAUCCGUGGGACGUGGCGGAGCGUGAGGAGAGGGAGGCCGAGGAGAGAGAACGGCAGGCCGAGAGGGAGGCCGAAGCAGCCCAGCAAGAGCUGGCCAGCGGGGCCGGUGUCGCCCAGGAUAAGAAAGGCGGCCGGAGAUGGUACUACCUGUGGCUCUUGUAG